AUGACAUUCAGAGAGAUCCUGUCCCCAGAACAGAAAGGAAAACGACCAGUCAAACAAAUCAAAGCUUUUCCUCGUUUAUUCGGUUCAAAAACCUACAAUCCAAUUGAUGGCAAAGUUUCGCAAGUGAUAGAAGAAAGACCCGUGCCACCUCUAGUUUGGACACCGAGCGGUCGUCACACUCGUUUACGAUGGGUUGGAGCCACAGAAAAAGAGAUUCCAGGACUUGGCGGACGAUUUAUUCUUCCUUCACUUGAUCCAACAAUGCCAGCCGUAAAUACCGCUUAUUCUACUCAAGGAAGAGCAAGAGAUGAAUGGGACACGACAUUGAAAAUUCCAAACGCUUGGCAAGCAGGAGAUGAUGUGGGAUUUUCAGUGAAAUCGAAAAGUCAACGAUUUAUAGGCGGUAAUGGAGGAUUUGACAUGCCUGCAGCUCAUCUAAGAAGAUGA